UAGUUAGUUAAAGUAAUUUCAGAUUUCAUGUUCCCUGUGCAGCCUGUAUUUUACUUCCGUGUUCUAGCGAUGGCUUCUAUACAAUGGACGUACAUCCUACUUCUAACUGGACUGGGACAAUGCUAUGUAAACCUGAGCAGAGAACGAAGUACAAACGUUUCUCAAAGUUCUACAUACGACAACACAUUACAGGCGGGUUAUGCAAAAGACGGGAACAGAACCCAAACAGAUUACAGAAUCUGCUCACAUACAGCUCUGGGACACACCAUAGCUUGGUUUCAAGUGGACCUUGGAGACGAAUAUAGUUUGAAAUCUGUGAAAAUAUACUACAGAAAUGAGACUGUAUGGCCUCCGUACCGAUUUCGCCAGUUCUACUUAGAUGUAUCAAACGCAACGGCGAACUCUACUACUACUUUAACGUCACAGAGAAUACGCUGUUACAAGGACAACACAACCGAAGCGGCCACGCCUCCAGCCGUGAUUGACAUCCCAUGUAAAGAGACGGCGAGAUAUGUCAUCGUGGAGACCAAAUAUAAAGCCCCCGAAGCUGAAAAACCUAACCAGACAGGACCUGUUCUGGAGAUCUGUGAGAUAGAAGUUUACGGUUGCAGUGUAGGAACAUAUGGGGAAUCAUGUUCACUGUGUGAGAAUUGUUCAACAUGUGACAUUAUCAGCGGGGCGUGUCCUUGUGGUGAUACCUGUGUAAAUGCUGCAUGCAAUCCAUCUAAUGGAUACUGCACCGAGGGCUGUAUCACGGGGUACUGGGGAAACACGUGUAAGUCACAGUGUAACCAACACUGCAUAGAAAACACGUGUGAACAAGGAAACGGAACAUGUACUAAUGACUGUGCUGAGUUUCGUUAUGGAUACACAUGUGAACACCAGUGUGACCCCCAGUGUAGUCCCCGGACUUGUGACAGGGUCACUGGAGCGUGUAGUGACUGUAAUGCUGGGUAUCACGGUCUAUUCUGUAACAGAACAUGCAGUCCUUACUGUAAGUCAGUAACAUGUGAUGCACACAACGGACAUUGCAUUGGGGGCUGUAAAACAAACUGGGCAGGAGAUCUCUGUGACACCCUGUUUGCAAGCAGUUCCGAAUCACCGAAACUUCCUGUGAUGGCCAUUGGCGCUGGAGUUGGAGGUGUUCUCAUUGUUCUCAUAGCCGUGAUAGUGACAAUCGUCAUCUUCAGAUUUAGACGACAGAAGCAAUCCAAUUCGUCAACGCCAUCCAUAUCCUACAAAACCGGUAGUAAGAUCCCGACAGCAGGAAACAAACAAACAAACAUCGCCACUGUUUCUGUUUCAAUUGAGGACCCGGAAGAGGAACCUCAGAGUGAAAACCCGGAAGAAGCUGUCUACUAUAACAAUUUGUCAGUGGCCAAGGACAUUGCUGUAAAAAAUCUUCUAAAUGCUAUACGACAAAAGGAAGCUGACAAAAAUGCCGGUUUUAUGAAAGAAUUUAAGUCGAUUCCGUAUGGUGAAAGAUUUCCCUGCAAUACGGCAAAAGUAGAAGAAAACAAGCUGAAAAACAGAUUUAAAACAACUUUCCCAUAUGAUCAUUCGAGAGUCGUAUUGGAAAGUGGUGACGGGUUCACUUCAGAUUACAUAAACGCAAAUUACAUUGAGAACAUGGAUGGUAGACGUGAAUACAUUGCCUCUCAAGGUCCAAGAGAAAACACUUUGGUAGACCACUGGCGGAUGGUCUGGCAGGAACAUAUUCAAUAUAUCGUCAUGUUGACCAACCUCAUAGAGGGACCCAAGGUGAAGUGUCAUCAGUACUGGCCAAGUGAAGGUCAUGAACUCGAUGUCAAUCCAUUUUCCGUCACAUUGCUGGAAGAGAAAGCGUAUGCAUAUUAUGUUAUCAGGAAGAUGACAGUGCGCAAGAAGAGGGUCACAGGGUCAAGGACGGUUGUACAAUUUCACUACACAAGAUGGCCGGAUCACGGGACACCCAAUCCUUUGAAUCUGGUCGUUUUCCACCGUCACUUUCGACACAAAAUCAAACCUUCUCAAGAUCCCAUUCUUGUACAUUGCAGUGCAGGGAUUGGUCGAACCGGGACGUUCAUUGCACUUGAUGUUCUGUCCAGAUACGGGGAUGUCCACCACAGGGUCAAUGUAGUGGAGUUUGUCAAGGCAAUGCGGAAAGACAGGAUGACUAUGAUUCAAAACGCUGACCAGUACGUUUUCCUGUACCACGCUUUGUAUGAAUACUUCAGAAGACAAGGGAACUUCGUCAACAAGAGUGAAUUUAUGACGUCAUAUGCAGACCUGGAUAAACCGGAGGCAAAGAAAAAAAUCACGAAUGAGUUCAAUGCGCUGAAAAGCUUACAACCUCAAUAUGGUGGGGACGAUUUCAAAACGGGACAAAAGUUCCUGAAGCUAAAUUGGACAAAAUCUGUUUUACCAGUUGAGCAAUACCUGGUUUAUUUAUCAUCCAAUGUGAAGGGACGAGAACUCUACUACAACGCAGUGUAUGUGUCGUCCUUUACCCAAGCCGAGGAGUUUAUUUCUGCGCAGUAUCCGGUACCAGGCGCUUCCAUUGAUCUUAUACGCCUCCUGGUGGAUCAGAAGUCGCCAAUACUUAUUUCGUUAAACCCAUUAUCUGAUGUGAAGGAGAUAGAAAACUGGGUUGACGGGGAAAACUCCAGAAUUGAUUUGGUUCAAUAUGAAAUCACGAGAAGUACACAGACAAUGCUAUCAGAAGAACUACGGACAACCAGCAUCAAAAUCAAGAGGAAAGAUAGUGGAGAAGUACACACGGUUCAAAUAUUUGAAUGUCUGAGUUGGAGUUCCAGUGAGAUCCUACCAAAUGAACACGCGACAUUAACGAACCUGAUAAAACAUUUAAGUCUGGAUCAAAAAUCACACCCAGAGGGCCCUAUAACUGUUGUCUCAAAGGACGGUGCUACAUGUUGUGGGGUAUUUCUAGCGGUUUAUAACGCGGUAGAACAGAUACUGCAGGACGAGGAGGCGGACAUUUUCACCAUAGUGCAACAACUGCAAUGUCGCAGACCGGAAAUGAUAUCCAGGAAGGAAGAAUACGAGUUCUGCUUCCGGUCAGUUUGGUACUAUUUUAGCUCGGACAACGUGUAUGCCAAUACCUAAUGAAGGAUAGGCUUGAUUUAUUAGAUUGAUGCAUGACGUCAUUGUUUCCUCGCUGUGAUUAUGUGUAUUAUGAUAUUUUGUUACCAGAGUUUUAUAUACCCGAGGAAGCAUUAGAAAUUAUGAGGUCGAAUAUGCACAAGAGAAAAUUGCCAUUUCACCUUGAAUUCGGACAUGUUUUCUAUCUUUCACUAUGAAUUGUUAAUGCGUGAAUGUGAUACAUUGUACAUUCAACAGUGAUUUUAUUUUUGCAUUUGAUUUGUGUCCUUUUUAUUGUUUGUUUCUUAUGCGUGUUUUGUCUAUUUGUUGGUGUUUUUGUUUUUUGUUGAGGAUUUGCGGAAAACUUUUGGCAAAUGAUUUCAAUUUAUUUGUAUAUUAGAGGAUUUGUUGUCAGUUUUGCAAUAAUGUUUCUGUUUUCAUAUUAUAUUAACGUAAUAUAUGUGUAUAUAUAAUGUAACGUAUAUUUGUAUAUUACAGGGUAAUAAUCCGGUUAGAAUAAAUCACAUCUUUCAUCUAUAUCUCUUGUUCGUUGAUUAACGUAACUUAUUAUGUCAUUAAAUACUAAUCAAUGCAAUUUGGAUUUUCAGCUGGUAAAUUGAUAGAUUAAUUAUGUAAUGCUAUGGUUAAUAUUUGUUAUGUGUUUUGAUGCAUUUUCGAUGAGGUCCUAUUGAAUCUAUAUAUGAUAAUUGAGGUGUACAGAUAUAUGUGACUUUGGUAGCACUCUUCAUUACGCCCGGCCUCAAGCCUUUCCAUAGAUGAAUUUACAAUUAAAUAUAUGACUGUCCAUA